AUGAAUCAGAUUACCAAUUUGCUGUUAAUAUUCACAUUAUUGUGCCUCCCGUCCUUAUGCCAGGGUCAGGCAGAAACAAUCAAAGUAUUGGUGGUGUUGACACAGUGGGCCAAUCACGCAGAUCGUGCAUUGAUACCCAAGGAAGAUAUUGAAUCCAUGUGGAAUGGACCUCGAGAUCCAAAUACGGCGCCCGGAGAGUUCAUUGCACAAUACAUCGAGUCGAACUCAUAUGGAAAGUAUACCAUCGAGGCAACGGUUAUUGAUUGGUAUCAAUUGACCGUGACGGAAGAAGAAGCUUCGAAUGGAGCACUGGGAAAUAGUGUGCCUGGCAGACCUGAUAUUGAAGACAAUCUGCUUCCAGCUCUAGAAGCAGCUGUCGCAGGGGGCAUUGAUCUGACCGAGUACAGUCGAGAUGGCUCUAGAUUUAUACGGGGUGUUGUCUUUAUGCACUCCGGUUAUGCGGGCGAAAAUGGAGGCACCGAUUGCGAAACUGGUGCCGACUAUCUGAAUCGAAUCCAAUCCAAGUCGUGGGGUACUGACGAGAGUAUUGCCGGCACCAAUUUGUUUUUGAGUACCAUGGUGACGGUUUCUGUUUAUAGAGGGAUUUGUGAUUUGCAAAUUCAACGGAUUGGAGUUGUCAUUCAUGAAUGGAUGCAUGCUGAAUUUGGGUUGGAGGACUUUUACGACACAGGGGGGCGGUAUAAUGGAAGUCGGUCAGCGACUGGGGGAAUUGGGGCCUUUGGGAUCAUGUCUUUUGCAGGUGGUCAAGGCUACGAUUAUGCCCUUCCCGGUUUGAUGAAUCCCUACUGCAAGAUGGAAAUUGGUGCCUUGGAACCAAUUGAAAUUACCGUAGACGGAAUAUAUGACGCCAGGCCCUCAGCUAUUCAUCCCGAUGUUUACAUUAUUCGCGAACCAUAUGAAGAAGGUGAAUAUCUAUUGAUUGAGAAUCGACAACCUUUGCUAUCAGAUGCCAAGCUGUGGGGUCCAGGAGGCAUUGUCAUCUAUCACGUGGACGAAAAUAUGGAGGGUUACGGAAAUCUUGUAAGAGGAGGACCUUUUGUGGAAGGAUGGCCGGGCAAUGGAGACCAUUACAAAGUCGCCGUGCUUCAAGCAGACUCAUUAUACGAACUGGAAAUGGCAAUUAACUUGGGACAUAAUGAUGAUUUUUGGAAGGAAGGAGAUGUCUUAGGACCAGGAAAUGGAGAGUCGGUGGCCACUGACGCCGGAACUUACCCGAAUACGGAUUCCUAUGUCGAUGGAAACAUUCGAGUCACUGAUUUGAUCAUUGAUUUGUUUACAGCGCAAGCAGAUGGGGUUUGGAGCUUUCGAGUGCAGGGACUGCAGGAAGCUCCUUCAAGUGCACCAUCUGUAGCGCCCUCUCAAGAUGCUACCCUUUCGUCUGUCCCUUCGCAAAAACCAUCAACAUCGUUGGCACCGUCGUUGUCCUUGGCGCCAUCUUUCGCAAUAGAACCAGUCAAUUGCUUUGAAGGUAUCGACGACGACCCGACCAUGUUCUGCAACUGUGCAUCGGACUGUUUGGACGACAAUAGGGACUUCAAAUGCGACUGUGUGGACGCUGAACAGUGUUGCGACGAAUAUGAAACACCCCCGCCGACUGCGGCGCCACAACCCACUCCCCCGCCAACUACUCCGCCUCCAACUGCCGUAGGGGAUACUCCGCCACCAACGGCUCCUCCCACUCCACCUCCAACCUCACCGCCAACACCGCCUCCUACGCCCCCUCCAACAGUUUUGGUUACAAAUCGACCGACGGCGGAUCGACAAGGCGAGUGUUUGGUCACGGUCUUCACCAACCAAUGUGACACAUUCAUGGAGAGCAAGAAUACUCAAGAUAUGCAACAGGAUCAGUGCGAUUGUUACAAUUUCUGUAACGGAGUCGAACUUCCAUGUUGUCCUUUUGGCAAUGACUGUUCGAUUAGCUGCAAUGGAGAGUUAGUGGCAGGUUGUCAAGUACCAGCACCGGAGCCUACUCCGCCACCAACUCCACCACCAACUCGUCCCAUCAACACCUGCCAACUUUCCAUCAAUACCCAAAGCUGCGACACUGUCUCUUGGACUGAUAUGCAACCUGUGCAAGGAUGCGAUUGUUACAAUUUUUGCAACGGAGCAUACUCUAGUUGUUGUACGGCGGGGCAACCUUGCGGAAUGGAAUGCGGCGGCAGUGUGGUGGCAGGAUGUGAAUUCAUGAGUCAACCAAAUGGAACACCCACUCCAGUUCCAGUGACUCCGGUACCAACAACAGCGACUCCUACAGCAGAUCCAGGACCUUCAACGUUUUUCUUUUGGCCAGAUGGAAUGAUGAGAUGA